AUGGUCCAGGGAAGACAAUUCAAUCCAUACUCGGACAAUGGGGGGACGAUUCUAGCGAUUUCUUCGAAGGAGUUCGCGGUGAUCGCCGGUGAUACGAGACAAUCAGAGGGCUACUCUAUCCAAACCAGAUAUGCUCCUAAGGUCACGCAGCUGACUGAAGAAUGCUGUAUCGCUGUUAAUGGCUUCGCUGCUGAUGGUAAAGAACUCGUCAAGCAACUCAAACAAAGACUCCAAGUCAGUCCAUUCUUUUCUCUCUCUCACUCAUAA